CAUUUAAUGCACGUGACUUUUUAUCUGAUAUAUAAAUGGUGUUUGUUUACUUGUUCUUUAGUUUAAAAUUUAUGAAUAGAGAUUCUCGACAAUGAAGGCGGCUUAUAUUAUUACACUACUACUACCUAUUGUAUUAAGUUACAAAAGUAACUUAAAUCCUCUUUCAAAUGAGUUUAUAAACUAUAUUAAUAGCAAACAAAGCACAUGGGUUGCUGGAAGAAACUUUGAUGAAAACCUUUCAAUCCAAGAGAUCAAAAAUUUAUUAGGAGCAAAAAAAAUGAGAAUAGGAGUUGCUAAAGAAUUUUUACACAGUGAAAAUAUUCAAGUUCCUGAUUCUUUCGAUGCAAGGGAAAACUGGAAAGACUGUUCAGAUGUUAUCAGCACUGUUGUAGAUCAAUCAUCUUGUGGAUCUUGUUGGGCUGUCGCUGCAACUUCUGCAAUGAGUGACAGACGAUGCAUAGCCUCUGAGGGAAAGCUCAAAGUACCUGUUUCUGCUGAAAAUUUAUUGGCUUGUUGCGAUUCCUGUGGAUAUGGAUGCGACGGAGGAUAUAUGGAUGACGCAUGGAGUUAUUGGCAGGAUACUGGAAUUUCUACAGGAGGUCUAUAUGGCAGCAACCAGGGUUGUCAAUCAUAUUCGCUUCAACCUUGUGAACAUCAUACAAAUGGUACUAAAGUGCAAUGCAGCACUUUGGACUAUGGCACACCUUCUUGCAAACAUCAAUGUGACGAUCCCGCACUUAAUUAUAAGUCCGAAUUAACUUAUGCUUCAGGUCCAGUGCAUUACUUCACUACAGUUGACAAUAUGCAAAAGGAAAUAUUGACAAAUGGUCCGGUAGAAACACGGUUUGAUGUGUACAGUGACUUUGUGAAUUAUAAAAGUGGUGUUUAUCAACAUGUCGCAGGAGAAUAUUUAGGAGGACAUGCCGUCAGAGUUUUAGGAUGGGGAGAAGAGAAUGGAGUUGCUUAUUGGUUGGUUGCUAAUUCAUGGAAUGAAGAUUGGGGUGACAAGGGAUUGUUUAAAAUACUUCGCGGACAAAAUGAAGUAAGCUUCGAGGAGGGUAUGGUUGCGACACUUCCAAGAAUCUAAUUGUAAACAAAAUAUUGGUAUUACGCUUACUUACGUUUUAUUUUAA